CGCUCAUUAUUAUGCUGCAUUAAGGUUUUCAAGCUAGAACAAUCAAGUGGUACAACUACUGCUAGAUACAUACGUGCUGAUGUGUACUGAGAAAAAGUGGAUAGAUUGUGCAUUUUUUUGCAAUAACAAUAUUUAAUAAUAACAAGGAAUGCUUGUUACACGGCACAAUAGCAUUCUGUACAGAUCCGGAAAAAUUAAAGAUUAUGGCAAAUCAGUGAAAAUGACAUAAGAAAAGUAUAUAAUAAUAACAAUCAUCACAACAGAACAGCAUACACUAUAAAUUGUCUCCUCCGCUAAGAAACUUGACCAAUUCACUGCUGACAAGGUGAAGAUUUCUAAAAGCAGCAACAGAAUCUUUGUACAUAAUACUGUCAACUUCAUCAACGUCACCCAAAGUAUUUAACUGUCAGUAGCAACAACUGCUCCGAGGAGUACAAGCAGCACCAGAUAUAUGAAUGAAAAUUUAAUAAUAAAGGAUUUCGGAUGGAUGGAUGGGUGUUUUUAUUAGCGCUGCCACUCGCGCUAAUUUCCAACAAUCAUGCAAACAUUUUGCCUUUAUUAUCAACCGAGAAUGGUACGGAGCUCGCAUCAUCAUGCAAAAUUUAUGAAUUUGCGUGUAAUAACGGAACUUGUAUAUCAGCUUCCAAGUACUGUAACGGACAUUAUGACUGUAUUGACAAAAGUGAUGAACCAGAUGGAUGUUCUCCUUGCAAUCGAACGUUGUACGGUGAAACGGGGAAAACGUACGAACUUGAGCUAAAAGCCAAACACGUUAAGCUUCCAUUUGUUUGUAAUAUAAAUUUCACUGCACUUGGUGGAAAUUUGGGUGGUGACCUCAUACAAAUAAAUUUUAUUAAAUUCAAUGUUGGACGCUUUAUGCUACAAUCGGAUCAUCCUUGUGUCGAUGGUUGGAUGAUAAUUGAGGAGCAGGGCUUACCAAAUACCAGUGGCAAAUGGUGCGGACAAGCCUCGGGAUAUUCCAUGUACUAUAGUGAAACGUACUCGAUAAAUCUGUUGUUGGACAUAGUUAGAGUUUAUCAGCAAACAAUUGGGAAUAAUUUUGAGUUUUAUAUCAAAUACAAGUUUUUAACAGAAAAAGAGGCAUCAUUAAGAAAUGAGAUUGGGGUUUGGACAGGUGAUUUAAUUGAAAAUACAUAUUGCAGUCGAAAGUUGUAUGAUUGUGACAGAAGAAAAUGUCGUAUCAGGUCACCCAAUUAUCCAGGACUUUAUCCGAGAAAUCUAACAUGCAAAUACUUCAUUAAACAUAACCAACAAGUGGCAAAUGGUUUGCAUGCUAUGAUUGUAUUACGUCAGCCACAUGGAUUCAAGUUACAUAUCAAAGAACAGGGCGCGCCAAUUGAACAAUCGAGUAGGAAGCUAAGAACAUGGGAUCAAUGUGACACGUCGCACGAUUAUAUCUCCAUCAAAGACGGAAAAACAUCCGAAGCACCGGAGCUGGCUCGCAUUUGCGGUGGUGACGCAUUGCAAGACAUCGUAUCCAGCGGACCUGAUAUGGUUGUAGAGUUUCAUACUUCAAAAUAUGAUACUCCAUUCCAUCCCACGCCAUUAUCGUCGUUGCCGGGCUUUGAGUUGGAAGUUGAUGUGUUGUUCGUCAAUUCCAACUCCCAUUCGUACGUACGCAAUCCACCUGGACGUUGUGAAUUCAUUCUGAGUGCAUUCGAAAGUCAAACGGGGGAGAUUGAAAGUCCCGCUCAUACCUUGCCGCAACACAGUAUGUGUGUCUAUUACUUCCAAGGACGACGUCAUGAGACGGUUUGGAUUUCCUUUAUUAAAUAUCAUUCAUCACUGGAUCCUUCAGGCUUUGAUAGCCAGUCAGAUUGCGACACGCAGUUGCGUAUUUGGGACGGAAGAUGGUCCCCCAAUAAGCAAUCAGUCGGAGUGCGGAACGCAAGCUUAAUUGAGCAAAUAUGUAGAGAGGAAGUUCCCCGUUUAUGUUCCAGAUCAUUAGUAACGAAAGGCAGUAGACCGUGCUCUACACAAGAGAGCUACUUGUCAACUGGUCCUGAUUUAACACUAGAAUAUCGGCCAGGAUCAUCAGGAAACGCAAAAAUAUACGGACCUGGGUCAUCAUUCAAGUUGCGAUAUGAAUUUGUCGAUAAUUCGCUAGGUGGUGCACCACUCGAUAGAUUUAAGGAACCUCAUGCUCCUGAACCGGCUGCAUUAGUUCAAGUUCACACAAAAUCGUGUGACAGAGUUUAUCGUUCAAGUUCAUCCAUGAGAGGUAUCUUCAGAUCACCAUCGAAUGUCUUUAUGUAUGGAAGGGGAGGCUCACCAAAUAUUUCCUGCACCAUUAGAUUUGAAGCAGCACCUACAGAAUCAAUAAGAUUGACAAUUACUCGAGGUCGUUUUGGUGCCAGACCCUGUUCGAGCAUUCAAGAUUAUCGUACGGGACGAUUUCAUUGUAAUCAUUUGACAGGACCCAAGGCAGAUUUGAGAAUUAGUGAGGUGCCAUGGCUAGACAUUGGACCACUUCAACGAGAUUGUUUAUGUUCAGAUGUGACGGGAGCUAUAACACUGUCGCCGUUAGCUUCGCGAAUUGUCGAAGUAAAGUUUAGUGCAUCAGAGAUGGGUGUCGAUCAAGAUUUUCGAGAUUUCUACUUUGAGGGACGUUAUGAAUUCGCGAAUGAUGGUUGUGAAACAGACUGGGAGGAUAGACGUCUCAAGGGAAGUCGCUUUGGCGAUGGCGAGGGAAUAAUUCAUGAGCAACCAUGCAUGCCUCUCAUACAACCAUAUCUGAUUGAGCCAGUGGUGUCAGCAGACAGCUUUCUGGUUCUGAAACUAAAUGGAUUCUGGAUGCCUACUAUUCUACAUUCGGUCCCACCGUGUUUGUCCGAUUACAGAAUAACUGUAUAUUCGCCAGGCAAUCCCGAGGAUUCGCGUGAUUUGUGUCCGGCAGGGCCCGAAGCCGUUGCGUAUUCAGAUGGUUGGGAUAAUGCCAUGCAAUUGUCGUCCUUAGACACUGUUAGAAGUCUUGUAAUGGAAAUCAGAUUGCCAAAGACCCCCAAUGUCGAACCUUUCCAGUACAAAUUCUCGUGGAUGGAGGUGUAUCCAAUGGGAGAUUGUCCCUACAAAUGUCCCGAAAUACAGGCAUGUAUUCCAGCGGACUUGUGGUGUGACGGUAUUCAACACUGUCCCAAUGGAUCAGACGAGAGUCCCGCAGAAUGUUCUCUCUACAAGUAUCCCGUGUCAUUGUUGCAUGUCGCAAUCGCGGCGGCAAGUGUCACAUUAUUGUUAUCUCUAGCGGUAGGAUUAGGAGCUUGUUUACGACGAAAAAAUAACGAAAAGAAAUACCUUCAAAGACAUCUAAGUGCAGGUGGAGUGAGGUAUCCGGCAAAUUUACCUCCAUUACCGCCGCCCCAUCAUCAUCAUCAUCACCAUUUAGGGCCACAUUCGUCUAUGCCGCCACCGGGUCACGUUGUGCCACCUAUGUAUAUCGAAACAAUGACCAAGGAUGUUUGUUGACAAGAUGUUGAAACCUCUGUCUAGCACACGAGGUCAAAGGCCUACUUUUACUUGAGUAACGAGAUGAUCAUGCAAAAAAGUGGGUCUCCAGAACACAAUACAGAUAUAUAAAUAUAUAUGAUACUAACUAUAAACUAUUGAUUAACCCAGAAGUAAUUGUGCAUAAAUUAAUGGUAAUUUUAAGGACAAUCAUAGGGCAUAA